GGCGUCUCCAGAGGCGCCGCCCCUUCUUCGGCCUUGCUCGGGACGCGACUCAUCUGGUCGCCGGUGCCCGCGCCUCCUCCGCCGCCGCGCCGCCGUCCCCAGCCCAGUGACAGAAAUGCUGAGCUUCUUCCGUAGAACCCUUGGGCGUCGGUCAAUGCGUAAGCAUGCUGAGAAGCAACGACUUCGAGAAGCCCAACGAGCUGCCACACACAUUCCUGCAGCUGGAGAUUCUAAGUCCAUCAUCACAUGUCGGGUGUCCCUUCUGGAUGGUACUGAUGUUAGUGUGGACUUGCCGAAAAAAGCCAAAGGACAAGAGCUGUUUGAUGAGAUUAUGUACCACCUGGACCUUGUUGAAAGCGACUAUUUUGGACUGAGAUUUAUGGAUUCAGCACAAGUAGCACAUUGGUUGGAUGGUACAAAGAGCAUCAGAAAGCAAGUAAAAAUUGGUUCGCCUUAUUGUCUGCAUCUUCGAGUUAAGUUUUAUUCCUCAGAACCAAAUAACCUUCGUGAAGAGCUGACGCGGUAUUUAUUUGUUCUUCAGUUAAAACAAGAUAUUCUCAGUGGAAAAUUAGAAUGUCCCUUUGAUACAGCAGUUCAGUUGGCGGCAUAUAAUCUGCAAGCUGAACUUGGUGACUAUGAUCUUGCUGAGCAUAGUCCUGAACUUGUAUCUGAGUUCAGGUUUGUGCCCAUUCAGACUGAAGAGAUGGAGCUGGCUAUUUUUGAGAAAUGGAAAGAAUACAGAGGUCAGACACCAGCACAAGCUGAAACCAAUUAUCUGAAUAAAGCCAAAUGGCUAGAAAUGUAUGGGGUUGACAUGCAUGUGGUCAAGGCUAGAGACGGGAAUGACUACAGCUUGGGACUAACUCCAACAGGAGUCCUUGUUUUUGAAGGAGAGACCAAAAUUGGCUUAUUUUUUUGGCCCAAGAUAACCAGAUUGGAUUUUAAGAAGAAUAAAUUAACCCUGGUGGUUGUAGAAGAUGAUGAUCAGGGCAAAGAACAGGAGCAUACAUUUGUCUUCAGACUGGAACACCCAAAAGCUUGCAAACACUUAUGGAAAUGCGCUGUGGAGCAUCACGCCUUCUUCCGCCUCCGAGGCCCUGUCCAAAAGAAUUCUCAGCGAUCAGGGUUUAUUCGAUUAGGAUCGCGAUUUCGAUAUAGUGGGAAAACUGAGUAUCAGACCACAAAAACCAAUAAAGCAAGAAGAUCAACAACCUUUGAAAGAAGACCCAGCAAACGAUAUUCUCGAAGAACUCUGCAAGUGAAAGCAAACACAGCAAAACCUGAAGAACUCAGUGUUCACAAUAGCAUUUCAACUCAGAGUGAUGGCUCCCAACAGGCUUGGGGUCUCAGACCUACUCUGCCUGUGAUGCCCCCCCUUCCCUGUGGUCCUGUGCUGGUGGAGCUAGAGAACGUUCCACGGAGUCCUGGAAUAGACCAACACGACAGGAAGUGCCUGCCUCUGAAUAUUGAUUUGCUAGAUAGCCCAGACUUGCCGGAAACAACCAUUGAUGAUGUAAUUGGAGCACAUGACACCAUGGAACCAUCUCAAGCACCAGCUGAAAUUAACGUUACAACCAUGCAAACUGGAUUAGAGGAACGUGAAUGUGGGACUCUGAAAGAUGCCUCAGAGAAGCUCAAACAGCUUGAGAUGGAGGACAGUCCUUUGCCAUCCCCUCAUUCCAACAUAGAUGUUAACAUCAACAACCAGGAGGAAGUAGUGAAGCUGACUGAGAAAUGUCUUAAUAAUGCCAUUGAGAGCCCAGGAUUGAAUGCCGUGAGAGUUCCUCCUGACUUUAAGAGUAACAUUUUGAAGGCUCAAGCUGAAGCAGUGCAUAAGGUUACAAGAGAAGAUAGUUUGUUAAGUCAUAAAAACGCCAAUGUUCAGGAUGCCACUGCAAACAGUGCUGCAUUAAAUGAGAAUAAUAUGUCCCUCCCUGAAGAUCCUCUUGCUCUGAUGCAUUCCACACCUACGGAAAAUGGUUCUGUUCUAAAGGAUGCUACAGAUGAAUUGGACGCCUUGCUUUUAUCGCUGACGGAGAAUCUAAUUGACCAGACAGUCACACCUCAGGUGUCUUCACCAUCCAUGAUCACACCCCGCUGGAUUGUGCCACAGAGUCGUGUCAUUUCUAAUGGACUUGCAGGAAACGGAAUGUCCUUGUCUGGGAAGGAGGGACAUGAUAAUAAAGAAGCAAUCUCCUCGCUGAUCUCCCCGCCAGCACCGUUCUUGGUCGAUGCUGUGACUAGCUCUGCUCCAACUUUGGCCACAGAAGCCAUCUUGAAGCAGAAGUGUUUACUGACAACUGAGCUCUAAGGGCUUGCACCUUCCCACCUGGAACUGGAAUGCCCAGCACUCUCCAGCAGGUCGUCCUGGAAUUAAUUUCAGCUGGAAGGUGUGGGAUUCAAGAGCUUGUCCUUGUAGGUAAAAAAGCUCUACCGAGAUUUGACUUCAGCUCUAUGGAAAAACAGCUACAUAUUCCGUCCAACUGGAAGAGUUUAAUCACACUGCAUUUCUACCCAAAUGAGGGAGUCUGGUAUUUUUAUGUGAUUUUCUGAAAGUUGUUAAAUUUCUUAAACAAAGAAAUUACUUUCCUUGUAGUUUUCUUCGAUCUCUUGGUUCCGCCCAGUGGUUGUAACAGUUUAUAAGAACUCCGUAACAAGGCCGCCUCCGGUAGUCAUCAGCCUUUUGAAUGUUACUUUCCUCCCUGUCAUCAGAGUGAGUGUCUUUGAUCUGAAUGCCUGUUAGGGAGAUUGCACUUUUCCAUCUGUUACCUGGAAAUCAGGAAUUUAGGAAGUUCCUGAGGACACUAUGCAGAUAGAUUGUUAAAGGCCAGCUCUUUUGUAAUUAUAACAAUACUAAAGAGAAGUUUAGAACUCAGAGGGUUUUCGAAUGUCUUCCAUACGUUCAACCUCUUAGUGGACUGUUGUGUGCCGUCAAGUCAGUUCUGGCUCAGAGCGACCCUGCAGGACAGAGUAGAACUACCCCCUAGAGUUUCCCAGGCUGUAAUCUUUCUGGAAGAAGACUGCCAGGUCUCUUCUCUCACUGAGCCGUUGCUGGGUUUGAAUCUCCGACCUUUUGGUUGGCAGCGGAGCUCUUAACCGUUGCACUGCCAGGGCUCCUUUCUUACUGGACUAGCUAUCUUAGUACUCCAACUCUGCAUCAAGGUAACUGUCACUUUGAGAAGAACUACAGGAGGAUCAGUUGUUGGCUGGUCAUUUUUUUCAUCCCUGCCCCGCCGCAGGAAGCAGCCGUGUGCACUACACACAUUCCGUAACUUCUCAGCCUAGAAAUUGGGUGAAGGGUGGGUUGCAAUUUAAGACACUGUGGGGUGAGAGGCCUGCAGUAUUUACUUCAUGUUUCCGCACUCCUUCCCACACAGGUGGAGGCUUGCAGGCCAGUUUAGACUCAGUCAAGGAGGGAGCGGCGCACUGCUUUCUAGCUGGACACAGGCUCCAGUUCCUUUCAAUAUAAAUUGAAUAAAUUUAGAGCUUGCAAACUCUGAAAACAAAACAAAAGACAUCAGGACAGAAAUAGGGAGUGGGGGCAGAGUAUGGAGGAUUUCAUUUCUUGAAUAUCUAUGCAGCAUACUGAAAGAACUCACAUUAAAUUAGGAACUUUUCAUUUAAAAAAGAAUUCUCUAGAAUUUCCUCAUCUCUUUUUGUCUGUACAAAACAUUGUAUAGGUUCACAAACUUGCCUGGCUAGAGAAAAUCUGAGUUCUGAGCCAUUUUACUGUUAGUAGUGACUUUGAGCUUUACCUUUUCUUCCCCAAAAAAUGUUUCUGGAUGCAAAAGUAAUGCAUGUUUGUUAUAGAAAAUACAGAAAAGUAUAAAAUAACCACCCAUCAUACCAACACCUAGAAACAACACUGUUUCUCUUUAAAGCUUUAGAAUGAGUGAGGCUGCAACAAUGGGCUCAAGCAUAGCAACAGUGGUGAGGAUGGUGCACUUGUUCUGUCGUGCAUAGGGUUGCUGUGAGCCGAAACCGACUCGAUGGCACCUAACAACAAACGACAAGGUAAACCUCAGUUGCUUCAAGGAAUGAGCAUAUCUGGAAGCCUUGUUGAUGAAGUCAUUGUUAAUCUCUCGUUAUUGGGGACUGAUGUUGAGCAAUACCUUCAGAAAUUUGUUUUGGGGUUUUCUCCCCUAUCAUGUGUAUAUAAUUGAGCAUUUAUUUGUACUGCUCAGUGUGAAAGAGCACCAGGUUUUAUGAUCUUUAGAACUCCGUGGUUUGGACUCUCCUGGGCUCCCUGUAGCAUAAUCCUGUGCUCAGGCAAACAAGCACUAGUGUCUGGCUGCAGAGCUCAGGAAUUUUAAUCCUGCACUGUUUCCCAGGGAGCUGGAGAGACGGGGAGCCGCUUUUGCAUCAGACAAUUUUGUUGGAGGAAAGGAAGUUGGCACUUCAUGCUGGCUGCCUCCCCUUCCCCAUAUUAUGCCCAGCUUUUGAAUUUUAGCGGUGAACAUCUUCCCGGUGCUAAGUUGUUAAACACAUUUUCUCACAGCUGUAAGUGACACGUGGGACCAGGGGUCUGGCCCAGGACAUGUUGUACAGGACCAGCGUACUGACCACCCAAGAUGGACUGGAAGGUUAAAGUUGGACUCCCAAGGUUUAAAAUGCCUAAAUUUCCCAUCCAGUUUAGGAGGUAACAUCACCCUUACUUUAAACUUUCCAAAAUUUAGGAGUGAAGUAGCCAAAUGUGUUCCAUAAUCUUUGUGUCUCCAGGUACUUGCAUUCUUGCCAGUCAGAAUAUUGAUAGGAACUUGCUUAAAAUUCAUUUGAAUCUCAUGCUAAAAGAAAAUGUUUUCGUGCCCUGACGCGAAGUGGUAAACAUGGAAAUUAAUACUUUAAUGAUGCGUAAGUCCUGGCAGAUGAGAUACGUGUCCGGUAAAAUUUCCUGUCAUGUCUGUUGCUGGUGCCACCCCCGAGACGCUGUAAGGGUUCUUCUUGUUCUGCUCACCUGUGAAGUGGGGGCUACUAAGGAUGUCUGGGAAUGUGUCAGAUAAAGAAAACCAAACUCAGUGCCGUCGAGUCAAUUCUGACUCAUAGCGACCCUACAGAUGUGUCGGAUAGGGAAGGGGUAAUGUCUUUCUCUGCAUGUGUGAGUCGGUACAGGGUGCCGUCCCAGAGAGAGAUUCCAGGUGAUAGUGGGAAGAAGGUAGGCUGAAGUGGAGGAAGAGGCAGCUGACGUGGUGCUACAGGCUGGUGACCUUCCAGGCACAGGACUCAAUUACAAAAGCUAAAAAUCCAUCUCACACCUGAAUCACCUAGUAAACUAAGUAAAGCUCCGAUCCUGUGAUGAGGCGAAAUAGCCCUACUGACCAGGGCUUUCAACCCUUUUUGAGAAUUUGCAUUUCCACCCCAGAUGUAGUGAAUCAGAAUCUAUAUUUUUAGCAAAAUACUGAGUUGAUUCUUAUGUUUAACUUCCUGGCAAAUUCUAAGCUGGAAGCAUGUUAGAAUUGCAGAUUCACGGCACGGGUUCGCACCAGGUUUGAAACCCUGCUACUGACUGAUCAAAAUGAGUGUUAGAUGGAGCGAAAGUUUUUUUCUGUAUCUAGAUGAGGUUCUGGAAACCCUGAUGGCGUAGUGGUGAAGUGCUACGGCAGCUAACGAAAGGGCCGGCAGUUCGAGUCCGCCAGGCGCCCCUUGGAAACUCUAUGGGGCAGUUCUACUCUGUUCUGUAGGGUCGCUGUGAGUCGGAAUCCACUCAACGACACUGGGUUUGGUUUUUUGGUUUAGAUAAGGUUCCCAUGCAGUAGUACAAUAUAGCUAAAAAGAAAUAUUGGCAGCACUUAAUUAAGUCAGCAUAGAAGGCUGGUAGCACUCCUCCCUUGGAAGGCUGCCUGGAGGUGGUUUACAGCUGUGAUAACAGACUCAGGUUGGCAAAAAAUGAACAGAAGGCUGCUGUAGCCACAGGGCUCAACCACUCUGCGCUUGCUUUCUUUCCGGACUUUCAGGUACUAGAUUUUACUCUGGUAACUCAUGAGAAACAAAGAUGAUAAAAUGUAGGACUAUUAGCAGAGCUUAAGAAGGUGCUUAGAAAGCGGAGGGUAUGCUGUCCUGCAGUUGCCUUCGUGGUCUGGGAGGAUUCCAGGGCCUGUUGUUGCCGACAGCUUCCUGGUGGUUGGCCGUGGGCACUGCUGUCACAGCAGUGCUCUGCAGGAGGGUCUGCUGCCCUCCUCGGGGUGGCCAGGCUGCCUUGGGGAGCAGAAAGGGGAUAAACCUCAAGUCAGUCCCUUUUAUAGCCCCAGGAGGGAAGGGAGAAUUGGCAUGGGUAGUUUAAAAUAAGGCAUGUGGCGUUCAGUUAUGGGUCUUUGCUCUUCCUCAGAACUUGCAAAAUAAUAAAUGUGAUCCUAUUUCUUAGUGACUUUUUGUCAGUGGUAUCCCCUUUGUCUACAAAGGAAGGGCUCAUGUUAUUUCAUUCCUGCCUUCCUGGAGAUUGAGCUUAUUUCCUUGGAUCUUGAGAAAUUCAGACAUUUCCUUAGCUGCUUUCCUAAAAUUUUUAUCUUGUUUCAAAGAAAAGUCCUUUUAAAAACAACUGUCUUUUUUUUAGUCUAAUUUUUUGUCUUUACCUUGACUUACCUUUGCACAGUCCCAGAAGUUCUGUGGACAUUUAAGGAUGAAAGCCCCUGGCUUGUUCCUGGAAUCUAGACUGCUUAUUCUCUUCUGCUUCUCAGUUCUGACCGGAACCUGUGCCUCUGUCUUCUCUUAGAUAAACCCCAAAGUGAAAGCUCGGGUGUCACUUAAGAAAUGUUGUCAGAGAGAAAUAGCUGGCAGCGACUUAUAGAAAAAACUCCUCCGGGUUUUUCUGUCAGUAAGGGUCUUGUCUGUCUCCUCCUUCACAGCAGGGGUCGGCAGACUUGCUGUAAAGACAAGGAUGGUAAAUAUCCUCCCCUCUGAUGUUGCAGCACAGAUGGUGGUAAACACUGAGCAUGGCUGCGUUCCCAUAAAAUUCUCUUCACAAAAACAGCCGCUGACCUGAGAUUUCCAGCGUUGUAAAGUAGUAGAGAUGGCUCCCUGGGAGUCAGGUAUUCAGAGUGGUGCUGCAGCCAGUCACCUGUCACUUGGAGGCACCCAGCAUUUCUAGACCUUGGAGUCCUCAUUCUCGCUUGCAGUCCGGACAGGGUGUAGUCAUGUGCUCCUGGCUCUUAGAGCCUUUGAGGUGAGAGCUCACUAAUUUUUAUUCACUUGUGCUCAGCCUUUUAGUCGCUUAGAAAUCUAGAAUUCUUGCACACUGAAGAAUGUGCAUUUCUGUAUUAUUUGUCUUUUUUUUUUUUCAUUUCCCUCUCAAAAAUGUAAGCACUGUAGUUCUUGAAUGAUUAGAAGAAAGUUGGAAAUUUUUCCCAUUAGCCCCCUGGAUGAGAAAAUGUGUUUGGCUUAUAGAAGUUUGCCCUGAGCUGAACUCUGCUGUGUUAACAUGUUAACAGAGCUGUGCCUGUUUCCCAGUUCUGAAAGGUGGGGUCCGGAAGUCCCUGCUCUGUCACAUGGAACAGUAACGCAGUCACUCCUCAGGAUCUCUAUCAGAGAGCUGGCCUGCUAAUAGCGCGGGUCCCCUGCUCCUUCUUUCUCCAUGUCUGGGUAUGUUAGGUGGUUAGGAGGACCUCACUAACUGUUUUGUGUUUACUUUUUAUAUAUGUAAUGCUUUGCAAUAGCUUUUAUAGUGUAAUUUAUUUUUAUAUCAAGUGCACUGUUCACGUGUUCACAGUUUUCUACAACUUGUAUUAAAAGCACUGCACUGGACUGUGAGUUUGUACACUGAAAUGAGAACUGUAGAUUGGACCCCACUCAAAUAAAGCUUUUGUGAAAGAAACCUCA